GGCGUGUCCCCUCGUUAUCCUGGCCACUCGCCACUCGCCACUCCGAAAUGGACAAGCACAGUAGACCUCUUGCUCUGCUUUCGCUCCUCUGCCUCUCGCUGCUCCGCGCCAGCUGUGCCGCGUCAGUGACCGCCGGCAGCUCCGACGGCUCGGAGCUCUGGGGAUUCGUCGAAGUCCGACCAAAGGCCCAUCUUUUCUGGUGGUACUACAAGAGCCCCCAGAGGGUGUCGACGCCGUCCAAGCCAUGGCCGACCGUCCUCUGGCUGCAGGGCGGCCCGGGAGCGUCCGGGGUGGGUCUCGGCAACUUCCUCGAGAUCGGGCCGCUGGACGUCAACCUGAAGCCUCGCAACUCGACGUGGCUCCAGAAAGCCGACCUCAUCUUCGUGGACAACCCGGUGGGCGUCGGGUACAGCUACGUGGAGGACGAUAGCCUGCUGGUGACGACGGACUGGCAGGCGGCAACGGACGCCACCAAGCUCCUCAAGGCGCUCACCAAGGAGCUCCCCGCGCUGCAGCAAGGGAGCCCCUUCUUCCUCGUCGCCGAGUCCUACGGCGGCAAGUACGCCGCCACGCUCGGCGUCUCCAUCGCCAGAGCCGUCCGCACCGGAGACCUCAAGCUGAACCUCGCAGGCGUCGCGCUCGGCGAUAGCUGGAUCUCGCCCGAGGAUUUCACGCUCUCCUACGCGCCGCUUCUCCUCCAAGUGUCAAGGCUGGACGACAACGCCGGUGACGCCGCCAAGAAAAAGGCUGCGACGGUGAAGGAGCAAAUCGCGGCGGGGCAGCUCGCCGCCGCGCAGGGGUCGUGGGGUGAACUGCUGGAUUUCGUCGGCUCCAAGAGCGCCAGCGUCGAUGUGUACAAUUUCUUGCUUGAUUCCGGCAUGGACCCGGUGGCGGCAGUCGACCUGCCCGCGAGCUCUUCGUCGUCGCCGACGACUCCGACAAACACCCAGGUGAUGAAGUACUCGACGUACCUCGGCAGCAGUCAGCCGGAGGCCGAGCAGCCCGACUCCAACACAAUCGGCGGCAUCAUGAACGGGGUCAUCAAGGAGAAGCUCAAGAUCAUCCCCAAGAACCUCGAGUGGCACGAGCAGUCAGAUGCUGUCUACAACGCGCUGGUCAACGACUUCAUGAAGCCAAGGAUCGACGAGGUCGACGAGCUGCUGUCCUACGGAGUGGAUGUCACUGUGUACAAUGGCCAGCUCGACGUGAUCUGCUCGACCAUAGGCGCAGAAGCAUGGGUGCAAAAGCUCAAAUGGAACGGACUGAAGAACUUCCUGAGUCUGCCGCGGCAGCCUCUGCAGUGCGGAGCUUCCAAGGCCACCAAGGCCUUCGUCAGGUCCUACAAGAACCUGCACUUCUAUUGGAUCCUUGGAGCUGGCCACUUCGUGCCUGCCGACCAGCCGUGCAUUGCGCUGAGCAUGAUCAGUAGCAUAACUCAAUCUCCAGCCAGUUAGAUAUGACUUUCGCCACUGUGAUGUGCAUCGGGAAGGAUAAACAGAAAGGAGCUAGGAGGUGCUACUUUCUGAUAGGGAAAAUGAAGUUAUUGAUAAAGAGUAUAGAAAGGAUUUCAUACUUUUAAAGAGCAUUGCGAUUGAUGACAUAUAGAGAGCAUUGGUGUGUAUCUGAUUCUCCGAAUAAAGAUGGCACGUUAAUUGUGGCAAUUUCAGUGUGAAAUUUCAUGACUAAAUUUGUGCGAGACGUGUUACAAUGGUUCCAGGAAGAAUAUUGCA